AUGGCACAGGAACAGCGCUCACCGUGGUCUCGAUGGGAUACACCAGGUAUAUUAAGCAUGAUCAAUUUACAAUACGUAUUUUAAAAGAUAUCACUGCUUCUUUCUGCAUAAAAUAAUACACCAGGAAACUAAACCGAUGUUUCAGGGUUCCAAUAUGUCCCUCAUAUUAUCCAGCCAGUGAAUACCCGGCAAUUCGACGCCCCAUCCUACCAACUGUCAGAUUCGGGAGGACAAAGUUUGGUUGGAGCAACGUUACAAGACCAGAGGCCUAGUGGUAAGUUACAGAAAGAUAUUGUCUUUUUAGCCUAUGUAAAACCCGAUUUUUGCGCCAUUACAACCGAAAGUGAGACGCAUUCUUACGAAAAACUUGAUUCUGAGAUUUUUUGGCUGAAAAUAAGCGCUAGCGAUUCAGUAACAGACCAAAAAUAUUUUUCCCAAUUAUCCCCGGAAGGCAUAUUUUUCACAAAAUGCGGCUUUGCACUUCCGAGGCAGUCAUGAGCCGACUGAGACAAAGCCUGGAAGAAAGGAGCUAUUGAUACACAGGAAUCGAAAAAUCGCUGAUUUUUAUCGCCAGACUACCGUAACAUAGUAUUCUCAGUCUGUCGGGAAAAUAAUGCGCACUCUGUCGCAUCGAAAGUCGCAACGCCGGCGAGAAAAUGAAUUGUAUCGUGCGAGAUAGACACAUUAUUUCCCGACAGACUGCUCUUGUAAUUUCGUCCAUAAAAAUCGACCGUAAUUUCUCUAGACCAAAAAUGCCAUACAAUCUCGUUGCUACUAAGACCAUCCCUGAUGUCCUUUCUCAAAGAGGAACUUCGUAUUUUAAAAAAAAAACAAACUCGAAUUUCUCAAAUUUUUUUGCUAUAAUACAACAGAAAGCACUAUUUCUAGAAGCCGAUCCCAAUUAUCUCGACUGCAUUUACGGUUUUCAAGCGACCGGUCAACAAGUCAUCGAGCAAUGCUACGUUGACCUGGGCUGUUGUGAUGGCGGUUGUUGUGAGAACGCCUCUUGGAAUGCCAAAUUUGCGGCGGCGUUGGCUUUGAUAAUAAUAUUCGCAAUUAUUGUCUUGAUCGUCUUCUGCAUUUGGAUGUGCGUUUGGCUGGUCAACAGGGGCCGAGACAAAGCGCAACGGGCCGAAUACGAGGAGCAGACCAAUGUCAGCCCCACACAAUCACAGGUACCGACGAGAAAUCUCGCUCUAUAACGAAUCCCAAGGGACAAAUUUUUUUCGUCGUAGAAGAGGCUUGGUGUGAUUUGGGAGUUUUUUAUUAUACAUCGAACCCCUUCGUCGAUUGGGAUUUGUUAUAUUUUAGACUUGGUUGAAAUAUGCAGUGCGGGAGAGGGGAUGCAGUGGCCAAAAGCGCUUCCAAUUGCGUCCAGGAGACAUUCGGAAUACUACUGAAUACCGCGAUCUCUGCCCGAAAAACAGCUUUCUUUUGAAGAGAGAACGAAGAAGUUUCCUUAUUCAAAGGUACUACCUUCUCGCUCUUUCUACAGAAGAACGCUACUUUUCGGGCAGAGAAAAGUAUUCAGUGGUAUUCCGAAUGUCUCGUGGACGCAAUGGAAGCGCUUUGGGCCACUGCAUCCUCUCCCGCACUGCAUGUUUCGACCAAGUCUUUGUAUAACGAAUCCCAAUCGACUGAACAUUUUAUUCGUUCUCGAAGGGGUUCGAUGUAAAAAAAACUCCCAAAUCACAUCAAGCCUCUCGUACAACGAAAAAAUUAGUCCAUUGGUAUUCUUUAUACAGCGAUUUUUUCGUUUCUUCACAACUUUCUUUACAUUUUCUACAUUCCAUGUUUCAGCUCAAUGUAAACAACGGAUAUGGCUAUUGA